CAAAGCAAUGGCAAGGGAAAGUGGAACGGCACCUUUUAUACCAACUGCUACGUUGUGCAGCUUGUGCUUGUUCCCCACCUAAGAUACAUUCAAGAGCCGGACGUUGGGAGGUGAAGUGGGGUUACACUCGGGCCUGCCCAAGAAAAUCUUCGGCUCCGAGACCCGGAAUCAAAUCACCACCUGACAAUACCUAGGCAGGAAUCUCAAGACGGCAAAUAAAAACAAAUAAGGUGUCAAGACGAUGCUUUAGAGGCGGCGUUCUCGAAAUACUGGUCUGUUGAAGGAAAAAGUAAUACACAUCUUCGGCUGCAUCCAUUCUGAAAUUCACGUUGGACAAACCCUCGAGCAUGGCAUCGAAUCAGCCGCCCAGCGCGGCCACGGAUGCCGUGCUGGUCAAGUCGGUUGAAAUGCCCGAGGGUUCACAAAAGGUCGAGGAGCUCGACUUCAACAAGUUUAAGGGCCGGCCAAUCACCGUCGACGAUCUCUACCAAGGCAUGAGACACAUGGGUUUCCAGGCCUCAUCAACAUGCGAGGCCAUCCGCAUCAUCAACGAAAUGUUCCACACACUAACUAGAGUUCAGCGAGCGUGGAGAGACCCGGAGUCGGGGGACAAGACGACCAUCUUCCUGGGCUAUACGUCCAACAUGAUCUCCUCUGGUCUCAGGGGCAUCUUCCGCUACUUGGUGCAGCACAGUCAUGUGUCCGCCAUCGUGACGACGGCCGGAGGGAUCGAGGAGGACUUUAUCAAGUGUCUCGGCGACACGUACAUGUCGUCCUUCAGCGAGGUUGGCGCCGAGUUGCGCGCCAAGGGCCUCAACCGGAUAGGCAACCUGGUCGUGCCCAACUCAAACUAUUGCGCCUUUGAGGACUGGGUUGUGCCCAUCCUGGACAAGAUGCUAGAGGAGCAGGAGGCGAGCAAGGGAACCGACGAUGAGAUCAACUGGACCCCGUCCAAGGUCAUCCACCGGCUUGGAAAGGAAAUCAACGACGAGCGGUCCGUCUACUACUGGGCGUACAAGAACAACAUCCCCGUCUUCUGUCCGGCCCUGACGGACGGCAGUCUGGGCGAUAUGCUGUAUUUCCACACUUUUAAGGCGUCGCCCAAGCAACUCAAGAUAGACAUUGUCGAAGAUAUCCGGAGGAUCAACACGAUCGCCGUCAGGGCGAAGCGUGCGGGCAUGAUCAUACUCGGGGGCGGAGUGAUCAAGCAUCACAUUGCAAACGCGUGCUUGAUGCGGAACGGAGCCGAGUCGGCCGUGUACAUCAACACGGCCCAAGAAUUCGAUGGCAGCGACGCGGGCGCUCGGCCGGACGAGGCCGUGUCGUGGGGCAAGAUCAAGAUAGGGGCAGAUUCAGUCAAGGUCUACUCAGAAGCAACGAUCUGCUUCCCAUUUAUUGUAGCGAAUACAUUUGCCAAAGACCAAUAGAGCUUAUAUCGACUAUAUGGCUGAUCUUGUAAAGGCUACAAGUCUCUAUGUACUGUAGGAUGAUUGGCCUUCCACCCGGC